AUGCAGCAGCUUCCCCUGCUGGCUGCUGAGGAAAUGAACCAGCAGACAUUCCUCGCCUUUCCUGGUAUCGACUUGCCGCUGAUGCACAAGGGCCGAGAAUUAAGCCGAAGGCAGCUACUUAAGGCUAGUCACAUGUCAGCAUUUUCACAGGGUAACAGUUCCUGGCUUCUGGAGCUUGUAGACAGAGAUAAGAAGCUGAAUAGCCCUCCUGUAAUCCAGGAUGAAACAGUUAGUGACCUGCUGAGCCACUUGGAUCUCCACAAAUCUAUGGGACCAGAGGGGAUCCACUCUAGGGUGAUGAGGGAGCUGGCGGAAGAGCUCACCAAGCCUCUCUCCAUCAUCUACCAACAGUCCUGGCUCACUGGGGAGGUCCCAGAUGAUUGGAAGUUGGCGAAUAUCAUGCCCAUCCACAAAAAGGACUGCAAGGAGGACCCAGGAAACUACAGACCUGUCAGCCUGACCUCAGUGCCUGGCAAGGCUAUGGAGCAGAUCAUCCUAAGUGCAAUGACACAGCACUUACAGAGGACAAGGGUUAGACCCAGCCAGCAUGGAUUUAGGAAGGGCAGGUCCUGUCUGACCAACCUGAUCUCCUUUUAUGACCAGGUGACCCGCCUGGUGGAAGAGGGGAAGGCUGUGGAUGUGGUCUACCUGGACUUCAGCAAAGCCUUUGACACUGUCUCCCACAGCACACUCCUGAGAAAGCUGGCAGCCCACGGCUUGGACAGGGGCACUCUCUGCUGGAUUAGGAACUGGCUGGAGGGCCAGACCCAGAGAGUGGUGGUGAACGGUGCUGCAUCCAGUUGGCGACCGGUCACUAGUGGUGUACCCCAGGGAUCAGUGUUGGGCCCAGUCCUGUUUAAUAUCUUUAUUGAUGAUUUAGAUGAGGGGAUUGAGUGUAUCAUUAGCAAAUUUGCAGAUGACACUAAGUUGGGGGGUGUCGAUCAGCUGGAAGGCAGGAGGGCUCUGCAGAGGGACCUGGACAAACUGGAGAGUUGGGCUGAUUCCAACGGGAUGAGGUUAAACAAGGCCAAAUGCCAGGUCCUGCACUUUGGCCACAACAACCUCACGCAGCGCUACAGGCUGGGCACAGAGUGGCUGGAGAGCAGCCAGACAGAAAGGGACCUGGGAGUUCAGAUUGACAGGAAACUGAACAAGAGCCAGCAGUGUACCCAGGUGGCCAAGAAGGCCAAUGGCAUCCUGGCCUGGAUCAGGAACAGUGUGGCUAACAGGUCCAGGGAAGUGAUUCUUCCCUUGUACCCAGUGCUGAUGAGGCCACAGCUUGAGUUUUGUUACCCAAGCCUGAAAGUAGAUUUACCGCAUGAGCCUGGGAGUCUUGUAGUGCUUACCUACCAGCAUUACCCACCAUGA